AAAAAUAAUGGAAUUUUGAAAAACUGAUCUAAAAGUUUGGCGGACCCAACAUUUUUCACGGACUCCCUUGCGGGACCUCCAGUUAUUUUUCGCGGAUCCCAAGUUGGGAACCAAUUGAUAUGACUGUACUGUAUUAAAAAAGUUUCGGCAAUUUCGUGUGCGAUUGAGGGCGCUCAACGUGUACUUUGAGACUAAGAAUUGAACAAAGCACAUUUCGAGCCUCCAGCACGCACAACAGCAGCAGCUCAUAAAUUGUGCGUGGCAACACACAAGAAGCUGGGAGACUCUUUACUUUUUGGCAGCGGAGCAUUCAAAAGGUACGAAGCGCUGUUAGCUACUCCACAAAAGUCUACAAAAUCCCACCUAGUAAAGCUUGCAUCAAACCAAACCCAAACAAAAAGGCAAUUAGUUGAAUGUGACAUUUGCUAAUCGGUGAAUUAAGACCCAAAGUUGAUCAAAUUUCUCGGCAUUUAAAGAUUUUCUGUUAUUAGUGUUUUCAAACCUUAUUUCAAGAUGGCCGUUAAUUGGGGUGGGUUGAUAGCUGUUAUUAUAUUCUACAUUGUUAUUCUGUGCAUCGGCUUGUUUGCUGCAAGGAAAACUAGAGGCAAAACGGAUUCGGAGGACCUGAUGCUGGCAGGCAGGAACAUAGGCUUAGUGGUCGGCAUAUUUACUAUGACAGCAACUUGGGUUGGUGGUGGCUACAUAAAUGGUACGGCAGAGUUGGUCUAUUCCACUGGACUGUUAUGGGCGCAGGCGCCGUGGGGCUAUGCUAUUAGCCUUGUUAUUGGUGGGAUUCUUUUUGCUAAAAAGAUGCGAGAACAGGGAUAUGUGACGAUGCUGGAUCCUUUCCAGCAGAAAUAUGGAGAGCGGAUGGGAGGAUUGCUUUUUCUACCUGCACUCUCUGGAGAAGUGUUUUGGUCGGCAGCUAUCUUGUCAUCUCUAGGAGCAACCGUGAGUGUUAUCUUGGAGAUCAACCUUCAGAUAGCGGUCAUCAUCUCUGCGUGUAUCGCAGUGUUCUAUACUCUAUUUGGCGGCCUCUAUUCUGUUGCUUACACCGACGUCGUUCAGCUCAUUUGCAUAUUCAUAGGCUUGUGGAUAUGCCUUCCGUUUGCUUUGACCAGUGAGUAUGUCGAACCGAUAUCCGAGUCAAAAUCUGAAUGGCUAGGAGAGUGGGAUAGUAAAUACACAGGUGUUUGGUUGGACUCUGCCUUGCUUCUGAUGCUCGGUGGUAUUCCGUGGCAAGUAUACUUCCAACGUGUCCUGUCUUCAAAGACUGCCGGACGAGCUCAAGUGCUUUCGUUCGUAGCUGCUGGUGGUUGUGUUAUCAUGGCAAUCCCAUCGGUACUUGUCGGGGCAGUUGCCAGGGGAACAGAUUGGAACAGUACAGCAUAUGGAAAGGAUGUUGAAAAUAGUAACAUUGUUCUUCCACUUGUUCUUCAGUAUCUUACACCCCCUAUUAUUUCAUUCAUUGGUUUGGGGGCGGUCUCCGCUGCUGUCAUGUCGUCAGCUGACUCCUCCAUCUUGUCAGCUAGUUCCAUGUUUGCUCGUAAUAUAUAUAAACUCAUUUUUAGACAAAAGGCUAGUGAGCAGGAAAUUUUGUGGGUGAUGCGUGUAGCCAUCUUUGCAAUGGGAAUUCUAUCCACCAUUUUAUCUCUGACUAUAAACUCCAUCUAUGGACUCUGGUACCUCUGCUCUGACUUCGUCUACGUAGUCCUCUUUCCACAGCUAUUCUGCGUAGUUUACUUCUCUUUCUGUAACACGUACGGUUCGCUAGCUGGCUAUAUAAUUGGUUUGUUUUUGAGACUUGGUGGAGGGGAACCUUUACUCGGCCUUGAACCAUUUAUUAAGUAUCCAUACUACGAUGACGUAGACGGACAGUUAUUCCCCUUCCGUACGCUUUGCAUGGUCGUCUCUUUCAUCACGAUUCUAGUCGUCUCCGUAUUAGCCCAUUGGAUACUCACAUCCUUUGGACUGGAUAAGAAGUGGGACGUGUUCCUCUGCAUCACCAACAUUCCUCUGGAUCCAACCGAGAAAUAUGGUCACAUGGAGAUGGAUGCAAAAGACCCUGCGAAAGGAGAGAAAGGUAAUGCACAGCCAAUCCCCUUAGCUAUUGAAGACUUGCCAACCAAAUCAACAGAAGCGUUAGUGGUAACCACUCAGAAUGUAUGAGGUAUAAAUCUGUCCAAUCAAAAUUUUUGAGGUAAUACAGUCAAGUUCAAUGAAUGAUAAUUUUUAAAAUUGGUACUGUAUAUAUUCCGUUCAUUAAAGAUGCAUCAAGGACAUAUUUUUGAGAUUCUACCUUUUAUAAUUUCAAAUACCAUAAUUUAAUGGAUAUUGUAAUUUAUGUUGAAUACAAAUUCAAAGAUUUAAUAAAGUUUUUAAUACCUUUUAUAAGUAAAGCAAUUGGUGGUGAUAGUUUAUCAACUAUUUACAUAAAAUGGCUGAUUUGUACUUGGUAGUGAUUAUACCAUUAUCAAAACAUUUUUUUCCAAGAACAUUCCUAUUUAAUUACUGUCUUUAGCGCAAAUUUUAUAAUUGUGUUGCUAAACAAAUCAAAACUAAUUUGACAUUAAUAAAUAACCCACCCUACCCAUAACUGUUGAAUAAAAAUGUCAAAGGUCAUAAUCAGGCCAAACUAAUUGACCAAUCAGAACAUACUAUUUAGUAGCCACAUUUACUAACUUUGAUGUGAAUUAAUAACAAAUUUAGUUGCCAAUAUGGGAGGGUCAUCUAUUAUAGUCAGUACAAUAAGCCAGUCAGCUUAACUGUUUAGUUAAAUAUGACUGUAAAUAUUAAGUUAUUAAUUUUAAGGUGUCUAUUUUGUAUUGUAUGUAUUAGCUGUGACAAUGCAGAAUUUGUUGGUAUUUUAUCAUUGUAAAUACCUCUGUAGAUCUACACUAGUAAAAGGAGGCAACAAAUGCAUUAAUGAUUAUAAG